UUGACAGGAAACAUGUCGGUGUGGUGGGAGCGAACCGGGAUGCAGCUGCUGCCAAGGGAGACAGGGAGUACCUGCAUCCAAUCCACACAUCAGCACCUUUAAAACCACCAGGCUUUCCCCACAGAUACGUCUGCUUAUGAUGCGCUGAACUGCUUCGCUUUUUUUAAAACAUCCAUUUGAAACGAAGGGGCACCCAAUGGAUGCUGUGGCAAACCGUGUAGUCCCGCUCGGUAUCUCCAUAUUGUGUUUGAUUUAGCCUACAACCAGAGACACCUUGAUGAAACAGCGGGAACUACGAGGACUGUUGUUGCAAUGGAGUCGACUCUCUCACGGCUCAAACCCCGUCUGUAAACCUACAACAUCUCGUUUCAUGGCGUUUUGCAGCAGGUUGCUCUGUUCCGUGGGCUUCACCACGUUUCUUUUCUGAAUUAUUUUUUUGUUUUUUGUUUUUAUUUUUAAAGCGCAAAGGGAAAAUAACGACCACUGCUCGCAAAACUAUGAACGAGGAGAUGACAAAAAGCGAGGAGCAGCAUCUUAGUUUGCAGAAAGCCUUGCAGCAGUGCGAGUUGGUGCAAAAUAUGAUAGACAUAAGCAUUUCUAGUUUGGAGGGUUUACGGACCAAAUGUGCCACAUCCAACGACUUGACACAAAAAGAGAUACGAACGCUGGAGGGGAAGUUGGUGAAGUACUUCAGCCGCCAGCUGUCCUGUAAGUGCAAAGUGGCCUUAGAGGAGCGAAGUGUCGAGCUGGAGGACUUCCCUCGCCUCGGCCACUGGUUCCGCAUCGUCAACUUGAGGAAAGAGGUCACACAGGAGAUGAGCCCAGGUGAGGUGACCCUGGAGGGCCUGCUGGAGUUGAGCGAUGAGCAGGUGUGUGAGCUGCUGCAGAAGUUUGGUGCCAACGAAGAGGAGUGCGCCCGACUCAACGCCUCCCUCUCCUGCCUCAGAAAGGCCCACCAGCUCGAACAACUUGAGGAGGAUAAAUUGCACAGUAAUGGAGGGAGCCAGGCGAAGCAGGACUGGUCCAUCCAGUGGCCCACCUCUGAAUCGGGCAAAGAAAACACUCCGGUGUGCCAGCCAGAGGUCAGUCAGUGGAUCCAGUAUCAGCUCUCCCAAAGCCCCAAAGUCCAGUCCAAGUACAACCAGCACAUGUGCCACAGCCCCCAGGCCCUGGCCCCCCCUUUAUAUGCCGAUCGACUGACCGUCGACAGCCCAGCCACAGGGCUCUUCCCGCCCUUGGACUUUGGUCAUCGCUCUCUGCCCCCGUCUCCCCGCCAGAGGCAUUUUGGCCACACACCUCCUCGGACUCCCUUGGUGGUCAACACCAUGACCCCGCCUGGCACUCCCCCCAUGCGGCGAAGGAACAAAGGGAAGGCCCCGGGCACGCCACCUCCACCGAGCCGCAAGCUCAUCCAUCUGCUGCCGGGCUUCACCGCACUGCACCGCAGCAAAUCCCACGAGUUCCAGCUGGGGAACCGCGUGGAUGACACACAGACACCAAAAGCCAAGAAGAAGACCAAGCCCUUGAACCUUAAGAUUCACAGCAGCGUGGGCAGCUGUGAGAAUCUGCCCACGCAGCGCUCGCCCCUCCACACCGAGCGAUCUCUGAGAUCCUUCUUCUUCCCCUCCUUCAUCCCUUCCACACCUCCUGUCCAUGCUGAAACCCCCUCUGCAAACACUCUCUCAGUGCCUCGCUGGUCCCCACAGAUUCCACGGAGAGAUCUGGGAAACUCAAUAAAACACAGGUUUUCCACAAAGUAUUGGAUGUCCCAGACAUGCAUAGUAUGUGGAAAGGGAAUGUUGUUUGGACUGAAAUGUAAAAACUGCAAGCUGAAGUGCCACAACAAAUGCACCAAAGAAGCCCCACCUUGCCAUUUAUUGAUCAUACAGCGAGGCGGACGAGAAUCCCUCAAAGAUCCCCAAGGAACAACUCAAGUAGCUCGUCUGGUACGGACCGAAUCAGUGCCAUGUGAUAUCAACAACCCGCUCAGGUACACAGACCUGCACAUCAGUCAGACGCUCCCCAAAACCAACAAAAUCAACAAGGAUCACAUCCCAGUCCCAUACCAGCCAGACUCCAGCAGUAAUCCGUCAUCCACCACCUCCUCCACCCCGUCUUCCCCGGCUCCCCCUCUGCCCAGCAGUGCCACCCCCCCCUCGCCCCUACAUCCCUCCCCACAGUCGGCGCGGCAACAGAAACAGUUCAACUUGACAGGUAUCACAAUGGCCUCCAGUUAUUUCAAAUACAAACAACAGUUCAUCUUUCCUGAUGUUGCUCCAGAAGCUCCUCCAAGCAGAGCACCGCAGGUCAUUCUGCACCCUGUCCUCUCUGAACCAGGGAACGAGGGCAACCCUUUACUUCAAAUCGAAGUCGACCCUACAUCAGACAACGAGGAGGGCAACGACGAGGACUCCGGUGACGAGUUCGAGGAGAUGAACCUGUCGCUCCUGUCGGCUCGCAACUUCCCGCGCAAGGCCAGCCAGACCAGCAUCUUCCUGCAGGAGUGGGACAUCCCGUUUGAGCAGCUGGAGAUCGGAGAGAUGAUCGGCACGGGGCGCUUUGGCAAAGUUUUCCACGGACGCUGGCACGGUGAGGUGGCCCUCCGCUUGAUCGAUAUCGAGCGCGACAACGAGGACCAGCUCAAGGCCUUCAAGCGUGAGGUGAUGGCCUACCGCAACACUCGCCACGAGAAUGUGGUGCUGUUUAUGGGGGCCUGUAUGAGCCCACCACACCUGGCAAUCAUCACCAGUCUGUGUAAAGGCAGGACACUUUAUUCUGUGGUGCGGGAUGCCAAGGUUGUCCUGGAUGUUAACAAGACCAGACAGAUCGCACAAGAGAUGGUCAAGGGGAUGGGCUACCUCCACGCGAAGGCGAUCUUACACAAAGACAUGAAGUCCAAGAACGUGUUUUAUGACAACGGCAAAGUCGUCAUCACCGACUUUGGACUCUUCACCAUAUCUGGGGUUUUGCAGGCUGGCAGCCGGAGAGAAGACAAACUGAGGAUCCCCAACGGCUGGCUGUGUCACCUGGCCCCAGAAAUAAUCCAGCAGCUCUCCCCGGACACAGAGGAGGACAAGCUUCCCUUCUCCAAACAGUCGGAUGUCUUUGCUUUUGGCACCAUCUGGUACGAGUUACACGCACGCGAGUGGCCUUACAAGAGUCAGCCAGCAGAGGUGAUCAUAUGGCAGAUUGGCAGCGGGAUGAAGCCCAACCUCGCCCAAACUGGCAUGGGGAAGGAGAUAUCAGACAUUCUGCUUCUGUGCUGGGCGUACAAGCAGGAUGAGCGGCCCAGCUUCUCCAAGCUGGUAGACUUACUGGAAAAGUUGCCAAAACGGAAUCGUCGCCUUUCCCACCCAGGGCACUUCUGGAAGUCAGCUGAGUAUGUCAAAUGAGUUAGGGACACAAAACAGCAAACAAUCAGCAACUAUUAAAAAACAAAAAAAACAACAGCAGCCAUUACUCUACUUAAAUAACCCACCUCCUUAAAGAAUGCACUGAAUCCAAAAGCCAGCCCAGUGAUGAAAACUGCCCGUGCUGUGUGUAUUUUCAUGGAAUGUUGGCAUGUGUGUGUACAGACAGGAUGACUGUCAGGCUUCUCUCAGCAGUCGGGACUCAUAUUUUCAUUGGUUUGGAUAUUUUUUCCUUUUUAUCUUUUUUGUCUUUUACUAUUGACUUGAUCCCUUCAUAAUAUUUGAUUUAUAUCCUGGAUGUAUCUUGCUUGUAACUUUCGACUGAUCACAUCAUUCUGGACUUAAAAAAAACAACAUGUGUUUGAGAACAAAUGUAGAUUUAUUUUCCCAUGUCUUCUUCUGUUUUGUUUUGAAUGAAUGUAACUGUUGUACAUCACACAUUGUAUAUAUUCAUUGCAUUCUCUUGCCAUUCCUUAUGUCUGUCAACUGUGUAGACCAUUUUGUCCGUGUUACCUCAUGGUCUCUCAUGUGUGGAUGUCUGUACUGGCUACAUGUUUGUCUCAAAAGGUUUUUUAACUUUAAAAAAAUGUCCUCUUAUUGACGCCGUACCAUUUGAAUGUGAAGAAGCCAGCGUCCCUGUUUGUGUGGGGAUGUGUUGACACGGUUCUUUGAUGGGAGGAUGUUCUCUGAUCAGCCUGUGCUUUGAAUAUUGCCUGUGAACAUAAGCGAGACGUUUGAACAAUAACAGUUUUUUGGGGGAAAAAGCCGGUCAGAUCAGGACUUCCUCACUUGACGCUGUUCUGUGAAAUCGCUGACACUUGAAAUGUAUCUCGUCAACUAAUUACCCUUCAGAUAUGCUAUCACUGAGCCCCCCCAUUUCCCAGAAAUAAAUUUAUUUUACUUUAAAUAGCUAAAGAAAGAUACAGACUAUAAUAGAUACAGAUUCAAAUCCAAAGCUUGUUACUGUAUAGUCAGUUAUUUUUAUUCAAUUGAUACAUGAACUGACACGUUAGCUUUCUGAGUAGUGUAUGAAACUGUUCUUAAAAUAGUUUGGAACUGUAAAGAAGACCUGUUGCUAAUGGGCCUGGGUCUGAGGAAAACGAUGUGACUGUUGGACGCGUAAAGGGAGAGCACACAACCUUUAAAAAGGCAACACACAAACUCUAGUCAAGGUAAUCUUUCAGUUUGUUUUUCACCUGGUAAAAUGUGUUUGUAGUUGCUUAAAAGCAGUGUUGUAGUCACUUUGAAUUUAUAUUCAUCCUGCCUCAACUUUAAUUUUUAUCCAAAACAAUAACAAAAGAUUGAGAGACAUAAACAACACAAUUGCGAGGAAAAGUUUAACUUAAAAAAAUAUAUAUAUAGUACACUAGAAAGUAGAAAUGUUUAAAAAUUAACUCUUUCAAAUCAAUCCUCCCAAACAUUGAUAAAUUACUAUAAUUCAGAAAUCAGCGGUAUAAAGGUGUUUUCAGACGAGCUUGAUCAAACAGUUACUACAGCCCUCAGUUAUGAGAUAAUGCUAAAGUAAAACUACUACAGCUACCACUCUGUUCAAAAGUUAGCUAAAAUGCUAAGAGAAUUGUAAGAGCAAAAGGAGAAGUCAGCGAACUGGCUCAUUAAUGUCGGAGACUACAGUUUACCAGACCAAGUAAGACUGUUGCAAUGGUGCCUUUGAUUGAAUUCAACUUUUAAGAGGAAGAUUCUGUUAUUUAGUUUGUUAUAUAGUUUGGCUUUAAGGCAAAGACGUGUUCACUCAAAUCAAUACACAGUUUAUUUUACAAGAGAAAUAUAAUAUAGUACAUGCAUAUACUGUAUAGGCACACAGACACACACACACAGACAGACACACACACACACAGACACACACACACACACACAGUUCAUUCAUGUUGUUAGCUGUGGCUGUAUAGAAAUAAAGUGAGGUGUUUUUUGUCGCAACAAAGAUCAAGCAGGGGAUGAGUACAUCAUCUUCUGUCUCUUUACUCACUAUUCAUGGAGGUUACCCUGUGAAGCGCUGUAACUCUAUAUUUUAACACUGAUCAGAAAAUGAAUGUCUUUCAUUAACCAUACAACCUUACAAAAAGAGACUUGUUCUUGUCUCUGUAAUAACUAGGCUUCUCUUGACUACAACACUGCUGAAAAAGUGACUGUGGAGGACAAAUCAAUCUUAAACUUGCCUUUUUUUUUUUUUUUAUCUUCGCACACUUCAUUUACACAAAUCUAAAGAGUGAAUUAUUGAGUUAUAAAGUUAAAGUAAAAAGUUAGAAACUUCAAUCUGGCUGAACUUUCCCUUCGACAUAUCAGAAAAGACAUAUCAGGAUGCUGAAAGAACCACCCCAGGCCAUUUUCUACUUCAUACUGUAUAUCAUAAUAUAUUUUAAUGUGUGUUUUAAAGAUAUAACAAAUCUGAGUCAUAUCAUCAUGAAUUGGAAGCUGUGGCGUCCUUUGAGCUGUAUACUGCUUUUGAUUCUCUCUAGCCACGUGGAAUAGAUAGAGACAAUCCAAUCAUGUUAAAUAGCCAUUUUCCACCUCGUAUAUAAACAUCUGCCAGUGUUGGAAAAUGCAUACAAACAAUCUGCUGCUGUUUUUUGGAGUCUGUCUGUCUAUUUUGGAAUUGCUGGGAUUCAAAUAUUGUAAGUGGAUCAUUUAUAUUUGUACUGUUUACAACUUUCAAGUGCAUGAGUUGGAUUAUCAAAGAUUGAUUCUUGUUUAUGAAAAAAAAAAAAUCCUUCUACACUAUAUAUAAAAAGUUAUGUGAGCAUUUUUCUGAUGAACUGUUGUCCAUUGAGCAGUUUGAUCUCAAUACGUAAUGAAGUUUUACGUCAGGCUUUGCAGAACUUUUCAACAGCUUUGUUUGAGAGAAUGAUUGUUUCAGAAUAUUUAUAGAUUAUAUAAAUGAUUAGACUAGCAUUUAAAUUACAAAAAGGGUUGUGGCCUGUGCACAUGCUAGAGUUGACGACAACCUGACUGGACAACAAUCAAAGAUCUAACAUUAGUGCCAAGUGUACAUAACAGAUUGUAGACUAUGUUUUAUCGUCACUUGCCGUAAUAUCAAUAUUCCUUGUGAAUUAUUUGACUUCUUUCUUUUGAAUGUACAAAUUGUGUUGUGUUUUUUUGUUGUUUCUGUUUUCUGUUCAUUUAAAUUAAUUUUCCGCCAUUUUCCUUCUAAUUGCAUAAGCAUUGAUGCUGUGUUGUUUCUUUUCCUUGAUUCCGUCCUUGUAUUGUAGAUGAUAGCUCCAAAAAGCUUGUAUUUAAUGAUGCCUUAUGGUCCAUGGCUUAGUGAUGGGUAGAUUUUGAUCACAAGCUCUUUUAUUUGCACUCAUCCUUUACAAAGUGUAUGACAAUAAAAAGAUGUUUUCAUUUUG